AUGGCCCUUUCACCAAGUGGUUACCGACGAGGUGGUUGUCUGAUAGGGGCUGCAUUUCCUGUAUUUAUGGCGUGCUUAAAAGCUAACCCACAACCACCGGGCUACCUAGGCAUUCAAGCUAACCCAAAACCACCGGGCUACCUUGGCAUUCAAGCUAACCCACAUCCACCGGGCUACCUAGACAUUCAAGCUAACCCACAACCACCGGGCUUCCUAGGCAUUCAAGCUAACCCACAACCACUGGGCUACCUUGGCAUUCAAGCUAACCCACAACCACCGGGCUACCUUGGCAUUCAAGCUAACCCACAACCACCGGGCUACCUAGACAUUCAAGCUAACCCACAACCACCGGGCUACCUAGGCAUUCAAGCGAACCCACAACCACCGGGCUACCUUGGCAUUCAAGCUAACCCACAACCACCGGGCUACCUAGGCAUUCAAGCUAACCCAAAACCACCGGGCUACCUAGACAUUCAAGCUAACCCACAACCACCGGGCUACCUAGGUAUUCAAGCGGACCCACAACCACCGGGCUACCUUGGCAUUCAAGCUAACCCACAACCACCGGGCUACCUAGGCAUUCAAGCGAACCCACAACCACCGGGCUACCUUGGCAUUCAAGCUAACCCACAACCACCGGGCUACCUAGGCAUUCAAGCUAACCCACAACCACCGGGCUACCUUGGCAUUCAAGCUAACCCACAACCACCGGGCUACCUAGACAUUCAAGCUAACCCACAACCACCGGGCUACCUAGGCAUUCAAGCUAACCCACAACCACCGGGCUACCUAGGCAUUCAAGCUCAAUAG